AUGAGCCCCGAAAAGCAUCAUCAGGACAAGGAUGAAGUUGACUGCGUCCUCCUUUCCGCAUCCAAGAUCCUCAAUUCCUCUGAGUGCAUAAAGGAAAGCGGUGGCAGUGAAACAGAAUUUGGCUGCGUAUCAGAAUCAGAAAAUCAACUUCAACCACAAUCAGCAUUAAAAGCCCUUCAGCAUCAACUGGAAUCGUUUCAGGCUCUCCGGAUACAGACUCUGCAGAACGUCAGCAUGGUACAGUCUGAAAUCAGUGAAAUAUUGAACAAAAGUAUUAUUGAAGUAGAAAACCCACAGUUUAGCUCUGAAAGAAAUCUAAUAUUCAACACACACAUUGAAAAGCCUACAGAGAAUCAAGAAGAAAUCCUUUCCAUGGAGAAAAUUCAUCAUUUUGAGGAUUCGAGGACUCUUCAUUCAGUGGAAGAAAAAUUCAGCAGCAAUAGUGCGAACGGUCUCUCUCAGGGUCUACAUCUCCCGCCCCAGAUACAUUCCAAGGACAUACUAACUCUGAGAACUUCAACAGAUAAUUCAGCUUCAAACGUAACUAUGAGCUCUUCAGAAAAUUCUGAUGUGUUCAAGAAUUAUAAUAACCUUUAUAGUUUUCUACCUAAUGCGCCUCAAAAUGUCGUGUCUCAAGCUGAUACAGUAAUUCUGGAUAAGUCCAAAAUUACUGUGCCUUUCCUCAAGCAUGGAUUUUGUGAAAAUUUAGACGAUAUUUGCCAUUCCAUCAAGCAAAUGAAGGAAGAGCUUCAGCAGUCACAGGACAAGGAACUGGCACUUACAAAUGAAAUUCAAACUUUAAAAAUGGAUACAAAUUUUCAAGGUAAUACGACAUGUGACCUGUCCCCCAUUCACAAGGAAAAUAGUAACUUUAUUAAGGAAGAAAAUACAAAAAGUAACUUAAAUGAAGAUAUGAAAUCAAAGAGAAUUUUAGAAUUAGAGGCAUUAGUAAACAAAUUACUCCCGCUCAGGGGAACAGUGUCAAAACUGCAUUUGACUUUUUGUAGGAAAUGUAAAAAAUUAUCUAAGAGUGAAAUACACAGGGGAAAAAGGAGUGAGAAAAACAAUAAAGAAAUUCCUAUCGCUAGCAAGAAUACUAUGGAUUUAAAAUUCCACUCCAGACUUCCAAAACACACACUGUCGUUCUUUGACCCAACGAAGUAUGAAAUGAAAGACAAAGAGAGCCAACCAUUUGCAGCAAAACGAGGCUCAUUAUUUGAAAAUGAGAAAACAUCCAAAGUCCACUCUGUGACAGAGCAGUGUGUUGCAAAAAUUCAGUACUUACAGAAUUACCUAAAAGAAUCUAUGCAGAUACAGAAAAAAGUAACAGAACUAGACAAUGAAAAUCUAACCCUGAAGACCAAAAUGAAAUCUCUUGUCUUCACCACACAGUCUCUGAUACAGAAAAUUGAAAUAUACGAAAAGCAACUGAAGAAUUUCUUUCACGAAAAGAACACCCUUCAAUCCAAAUUAAUUAAAACAGAGGAAGAUGGCAAAGAAUGUCUUAAAGAACUGAAAAAAAUAAUCAGUAAAUACAAUGUUCUCGAAGAACAAAAUAAAACUCUAGAGGAAAAAAAUGGCCAACUUUCUCUGGAGAAGCAGCAAAUGAUUGAAACAUUAGAUCAGCUGAAAAGUAAAGAACAGAAAACUCAAAAUGAUAUGGCCGUUGUCCGUAAUGAAAAUAAGCGGAUGAGCCUAGAAAUGGAAGCAAUGAAAACAAAUAUUCUAGUGAUACAAGAUGAAAAGGACGUGCUAGAGAAGAAAACAUAUGAGCUCGUCAAGGAAAAAAGCUCCCUUGAAAAUGAACUCAAAGAAAACCAGCUCGAGAUAAUGCAGCUAAAGGAGAAAGAAAGACUGGCGAAAACCGAACAAGAGACGCUUCUCCAAAUAAUAGAAACGGUUAAAAACGAUAAACUUGAUCUUGAAACAACAUUACAAGAAUCUACCGCUGCGAGACAAAUGAUGGAAAGAGAAAUCGAGAACAUUCAAACGUACCGAUCUACGGCAGAAGAGAAUUUUCUGAAUGAAAUAAAAAACGCCAAGUCCGAAGCAAGUAUCUAUAAGAACAGUCUAUCAGACAUGAGCAAUGAAUGUGAAAUGUUGUCAAAAAUGGUCAUGGAAAUUAAAGCAGAUAAUCAGAUUCUAAAGGAAGAACUGAAAAAACACAGCCAGGAAAACGCGAACUUUGAAAACAGCAUCAGUAGGCUCACGGAAGACAAAAUCCUCUUGGAGAACUACGUGAGAAGCAUAGAGAACGAACGAGAUACCUUGGAAUUUGAGAUGCGCAAUCUUCGAAGAGAAUACUUGAACCUCAGUGAGAAAAUCUGUGGCCAGCGUGGGGACCUGUCGGAAAUGGGUCGCAUUUCAAGAAGAGAGAAAUUCCAUUUCGACAGCUACGACACUUACGAAGACACCUCUAGGCCCAGGUACAGGCCUUCAGCUGCUGAUGGGAAAGGUAUGUACACUCUGGGUGGGUUGAUAGCAAGUUUGUGA